AUGAAGCUCUCUAAGCUUUUCGGCAUCUCUGCCCUCAUCACUGGAGCUUUUGCCAUCACUGGCAACCUUUCUCCCAUCUCUCACACUGGCUCUUCCACUACUUCCACUCUGUUUGCUGUCACCGUCAUCCCCGACAUCCCAGUCACUGCCUUCGACGCAGUCCACAUCUCUCUCGGUACCGGCGAGCACUGCAACAUGACUACCUUUGACCGUGAGCACUACAUGCACAUCGACAUGUGCUACGGUCAAGACCAGCCCUUUACCACCAUUCGCUCCAGAUUCGUUCCAGGAGAUUUGAGCGCUACAAACAUCGGUCGCUGUGUCCUGGUCACCUUCAGCGACACUAACUGCACCACUGAUGGUGCCAUCAUCUCGCAGUACUCCUACAAACUCGGUCCCGACGAGGAGGAGAAGUUCGAACCUUUCAGUGAUCCUUCCCGCCUCUUGGAACAGCCAGACUGUUCGGAGCUCUGGACGCAGCGCAACGGUCACCGUAUCCAAGGACACUCGGCAAAGUGGGUUUGUGAAUAUCAGAUCGACGAGACUUGGGCCGAUCUAUUCCCUGCCCAGCCUCUCUCUGAUGAUGAUGAUGAUGAUGACGACGACCUUCCCAUCUCAGCCAGAUCCAUUGAUCCCGAACACAGUAAAGAUCACGUUGUCGUCUCUCCUGCUGAUGGUUUCAACUGCAACUCGGCUCAGCACCGCGACACCGAUACCAAGCUUCAAGGUCACUGUCAUCCAUUCGACAAGCCUUUCUUCUCUCUCAGAGCUUCCGUCAAGCGUGCAGACGAGAACAGCGUCUUUGGAGGUUCUCAGCCAUGUGAGGUUCUGGCUUUCAGCGACAACAAGUGCAGAAGAGAUGGUGCCAGCAUUGUCAACCUCCUCAACACUACCUCUCUCGGUGUCUGCCACAACGUCACUCUCCACCACGGUAAGGAUGUCGCCGCCAUUGCUGGUCACUCUUGGAAGUGGAUCUGCGGUCGCCAGAACAUCGACGACUGCCUGAAGCCGGUUCACCACUCCAAGGCUCGUCCCUCCGCAGCUACCAGCACCGCCAUCAGCGGCGGCGCCACUAAGACCGUCACUGCCACCACUAGCUUGGCAUGCUCCAUUACCACUGACUUCGCUCACUACUUCGACGUUGUCACCAGCCUCAUCACCCUCAAGCCUGUCACUCACGUCAGCACCAGUGUCUUUACCAAGACCAAGGUCGUGACCCGUGUCAGCACCCAGCUCAUCACCAGCGUCGCUACUGACGUCUCUACCGUCCUUCACUCCGUGACCAAGCCUUACAAGACCACCUACAUGGUCUGUGACGUCCACGAGACUCCUCGCGCUUGA